GGGGGCGAGGGGAGGAGGAAGGAGGGAGGCAGUGCUCCGGCAGCUCCGCGCCCCGCACUCCCGGACCCGAAGCCGGGAAGAAACAUAUGUUAAACUAGGAUAUGGUGGUCUAGAACUAUUGGUUCUAAGAUACAAUUAGGAUCAGCUGGAUCAGGAGAAGUAUGCUGAACUAGAGUUGAAGGAAGCCUCUGAUGCUAGCAAGAGAAAACAGAGUUAAAUAAUGGCAGAGACAAGUCUGUUAGAGGCUGGGGCCUCUGCGGCCUCCACAGCUGCAGCUCUGGAGAACUUACAGGUGGAGGCAAGUUGUUCUGUGUGUCUGGAGUAUCUAAAGGAGCCUGUCAUCAUCGAAUGUGGGCACAACUUCUGCAAAGCUUGCAUCACCCGCUGGUGGGAGGACCUAGAGAGGGACUUCCCUUGUCCUGUUUGUCGAAAGACAUCUCGCUACCGCAGUCUUCGGCCUAAUCGGCAGCUAGGCAGUAUGGUGGAAAUUGCCAAGCAACUUCAGGCUGUCAAGCGGAAGAUCCGGGAUGAGAACCUCUGCUCCCAACACCAUGAAGCCCUCAGUCUUUUCUGCUAUGAGGACCAGGAGGCUGUAUGUUUGAUCUGUGCAAUUUCCCACACCCACCGGGCCCAUACUGUUGUGCCACUGGAUGACGCUACACAAGAGUACAAGGAAAAACUGCAAAAGUGCCUGGAGCCCCUGGAACAGAAGCUGCAGGAGAUUACCCGCUGCAAGUCCUCUGAGGAGAAGAAGCCUAGUGAGCUCAAGAGACUAGUGGAGAGUCGCCGACAACAGAUCUUAAUGGAGUUUGAAGAGCUUCAUAGGCGACUAGAUGAAGAGCAGCAGGUGUUGCUUUCACGACUAGAAGAAGAAGAACAGGACAUUCUACAGCGACUCCGAGAAAAUGCUGCUCACCUUGGGGACAAGCGCCGGGACCUGGCCCACUUGGCUGCUGAGGUGGAGGGCAAGUGCUUACAGUCGGGCUUCGAGAUGCUUAAGGAUGUCAAAAGUACCCUGGAAAAAUGUGAGAAGGUGAAGACCAUGGAAGUAACUUCAGUAUCCAUAGAGCUGGAAAAGAACUUCAGCAGUUUUCCCCGACAGUACUUUGCCCUAAGGAAAAUCCUUAAACAGCUAAUUGCGGAUGUGACCCUGGAUCCUGAGACGGCUCAUCCUAACCUAGUCCUGUCAGAGGAUCGUAAGAGCGUCAAGUUCGUGGAGACAAGACUGCGAGAUCUCCCUGACACACCAAGGCGUUUCACUUAUUACCCUUGUGUCCUGGCUACUGAGGGUUUCACUUCAGGUCGACACUACUGGGAGGUAGAAGUGGGUGACAAGACCCACUGGGCAGUGGGUGUGUGCCGGGACUCCGUGAGCCGAAAGGGCGAGCUGACUCCACUCCCUGAGACUGGCUAUUGGCGGGUGCGGCUGUGGAACGGGGACAAAUAUGCAGCUACCACCACACCUUUUACCCCUUUGCACGUCAAAGUGAAACCCAAACGGGUAGGCAUAUUCCUCGACUAUGAGGCCGGCACACUGUCUUUUUACAAUGUCACAGACCGUUCUCAUAUCUAUACCUUCACUGAUACUUUUACUGAGAAACUUUGGCCCCUCUUCUACCCAGGCAUCCGGGCUGGUCGGAAGAAUGCUGCACCACUUACCAUCAGACCCCCGACAGAUUGGGAGUGACAGGUUGGGACGUGGGAAUAACGGGUGAGGCAGGGUCAAGUGCUAUGGGGCCUUCCUUCCUGCGUCCUGCUGGAACGUCUUCAUGUCUACCUGGUUCCAGUCCCGAAUCAUCUUGGAGAAGCACCUCGGUUUCUAGGAUGGUUUGUGUGGAGUCGUUAGGACUGGGCUGUGAUGAGAAAGCAUAGCAGUGUCUUCCCUCCUAACUGUCAGGGUGGGGAGCUGGUUCCCAGGGGAUUGUCUCCCAUGAAGUCCAUCACGUUUUCUAUUGCACAAGGAUGGGUUGGGAAGGAAGGAGAAGCUUUUCCAGAAACAAAAAAAAUCUGUCAGAGGUUCUGACUUGCUCAAACUGGAGGAGGAAAUGAAAAUCCCUAUACAUACUUUCAGGGGAUUCUUUGACUCAAAAUAGUCUUGUUUCUUCGGGUAGAUCACAGGGGUCUGUGUACCUCUAGAUUGAAGAAAGAUGAAUGACAAUUGUUUUCAUGGGUCUAGAAGUUGAGGAGUUUUUCUGAGGGCAGAGAUUGGGCAUUUAAAAGGUUAAAAAAAGGAAGGUCAGGGAAUGGGGGAUAAAGGAAGAGAUUCUUAGAGACCAGCGAAGGGGAGUGGGGUUUCUUUGGUCUUCUAUUCCCAGGGUAAGUUUGUCAUGAGUGGGAUUUGCCAGGGGUAGGAGUGUGGGGAAAAGGAGAGGGUGAGAAGAAAGCAGAGGAGAACUCAAGUCCCUGCCUCGGCCAUCAGCAGAGUUAGCUGAUUGCCUGCCUUCUUAUAAUUGGUUGUCUCCAAGAGGUCAGUCAGAGGCAAGGAGAAAGAGGUCCUGCAAGCCACAUCUACCUUUUCACUGUUUGCCCAAGGGAAUUUGGAAAGGAGAGUCAGGGAUUAGAGGAAAGAGAAAGGUAUUUCUAUAAAGCCCUGGCCUUAAAAAUGUUACCAAGUAGCUCCUCUCAAGUUGUCAGUCUUUUUACCCGGCCAACGUGCCUGAGCCAGAAAAGAAAAAAAGUAAUGUAGUUUUUCUUACCCUGAGGACAGGGUAGAAGAGGAUGGUGUGUAUACUGAAGGGCCAGAAAGGCAACUUCUUUUGGCCUGUGUGCAUCUGGCCUGGAACUGUUGGUUACAAGAGCCAGACUUUUGUGUGUUUGUUGCCAUCCCUCACCCUUUGCCAUUCCCCUUUUCAGAGAAUGUAAAUCAUUUUAAUGUUAGGCCAAAAUAAAUAACUUUAGGGUACAUAUGUUGUCAUAAAAGGUAAAGCAAUGCAUGCCAAACCAAACUAAAACUAUUUGGAUUAUCUGUUCUUUGGGCAAUCUUCACAGAAGACUGAGACAAGAAACUGCAGUUUAUUGAGGGCGUUUCAGUUCCUCCUACCACCUCAACAGGAUUUUGUCCAGACUCUCCUCCUCUUACCUUUGUGCCUUGACUGUGGUUCUUUGUGGCAAAAUAACUUUGGUUGGUAAAAAUAAUAUGGAACAAAGGAUCCACUGAAGUGA